AACGCCAUCGGAGCUUAUUCAGUCAGUCAUAUCUAUUCAGUGAUAUCGUCUUUAAUUGUGACUGUCACUAUGCCCCACUGGUCAAACACCGAUGACAUAUCGGAAUAACAUUAGAGACACUAACAGGAGUUCCAAUAAGCGUUUAGGACUUUUUACUUACCAAAAACUCCAUUUCCUUGAAGAAAAAUUGGCAAGUAAGGAACGCCACCAUGGGUUAGAAAGCAUCACAUCACCAUCUUCAACAAAUUCGACAAAUGGAUCAUUUCUGAUUAGUCGUCUUUGGCAGUUACAAUGAAGUAAAAAAACAAUUAAAGAACAGCGAGAAAUACAUAAACAAUUGAUGUUCAAGGUCAUAACCUUGACCUCUUGACCUUGGUAAUACACGUGACCUCACCCUGGAUUACUACAGCUACAAGUGCGACAUCGCCCCAACCUACUACCCCUUGCGGCCGAAAAAGCACGUGACCUUUAUGGCAGGCGGAAAGGAUACAAAGAAAUUCAGCACGAACAUUGCCCUGAGAGAGAGCUAUACUGUGCGUUAUUUACUGGAGAGAUUCCGUACGAAGCUGACGCGGCAUUUCAUCUUUUCGCCAUCCGUCUUCGAGGUGAUGCGAAAUGAGCAACUCUUCUCUUCUGAGUCGUUACACUUGAUUAGAGCCGAACGUAACAACGUCAGAAGAGUUGGCCGCCUCCUAGACCUGCUGAAAUACGAAGGCGUCCGCACAUUCAACAUAUUCCUUUUGGUGCUCCGCAAGUCGGGACAUGGUUGGCUGGCAGAAGAAUUGGAACAAGAGACAAGGCAUGCUAUUGGUGGAGGGCCCUCGGAAGAUGAGGACGAAAGGGAGUCGUCUCUGAUGGGAGAUGGUCGGUCAAACCGAGCAGUUCCCUACGCGAACAGGAAUGACACGGAAUACAGUGUGAGGAGUUCUAAAGACAUCGACUACGUUAGCGACAAUCCCAACUCUGGUGACCUUGGUAUGACCUUCGAAAAAGGGACAGAUAACAGAUACUUGGCUUAUAAGAAAAUCAAAACUGUGGAACCUCGUCCACACCUGACGAAACGAAGAGAUCUCCAAAUCGCUGCUUCACAUCAAUUGGAGAACCUCAUGGUCCAUUACGACACCGAGAAAAAACACUACCAGAAAAAAGUUCGAUCGCUCCGCAGUGAGGAGAAAGGGUUAAAAUGGCUGCUGAACAUCAAUGCUUUAAAACAAGAACAGGCCCGAAAAAAGUAUGACGUCGUAAAUGUUAUGAAUCGGGAAAUGGAAUACGUCACGGCGAAGAAUUUCCGGUUGGCGCAUUUCUUCAAAAAUCUGUAGGACAUUAGCGGAAAAAACAAUGAUAGGCCAAAAACUGAAAUUAUACCUGAAUAGCGGGACCGUAGGAGCAAGACGUUGGCGUUGGGUUUCGCUUCCCGCCCACUCGAGGUUAUCAGACUGUGAUAUGAUUUCAAUAAAUCAAAAUAUAUACAUGUACGUCUGUGUU